CACUUUCCUCAACUUUCUAGCCAAUCAAAAUCGCAUUUUACAUACCCCUGUACCCAAAGGAACCAAUACCGUGUUUCCUCAAGUCGACGUUUUACCAAAAUUUUAGUUUCUAGUUACAAGACAUUCAACUAUCACAUCAACAGUAUCUACGAAGCGAUCUAUAGAAAGUAAGGAUUAAACUUGUAUUAAGUUUAACAAAUGUGUCAGUUUAACAAAGUGAAAAAAACUGUGAAUCUAGGAUUCUAAUAAUCCUUUAUUAAUAUAUAACUUUCUUAACAGAAAUUAACCAUGGGAAUGUACAAUUCAAAAGUUGAGGAAGCAAGUGCGGAGCCGGCGAUUGCGGAGCCGGCGAUUGAGGGGCCGGCGAUUGAGGGGCCGGCGAUUGAGGGGCCGGCGAUUGAGGGGCCGGCGAAUCUUCAGCCGGUGAAUCUUCAGCCGGUGAUUGCGGGGCCGCUGAAUCUUGAGGUUUCAGUUGUGGAGCCAGUGGAGGCCCGUGUAAAGAAAAUAACAGAAGCAGCUCGCCGCCAGGCGAAUAGAAAAUUGCGGAAAAUGAAAACGGCAUUACGACAACAGAGGAAAGAUGCACCUCCGUCCGCCCCCCUCUACGCAUCUCCGCCGGCAGCCGUCUACGCACCUACGCCGGCCUCGAUGUACGUAUCUCCGCCGGCACCCGUCUACGCACCUGUGCCGGCCUCCAUGUACACAUCUCCGCCGGCACCCGUCUACGCACCUACGCCGGCCACAAUGUACGCAUCUACGCACCCAAUUUAUGGGAUGCCGCUGCACCGAAUGUACUUCAAUAAUUAA